AUGGAGGAGACUCUGCCGCGAACGAUUUCAGUGGCGAGCGACACAGAGCGAGAGGCAGAAGCGAAUCUGAGAACCGAGAAGGAUGCAAAUAGCGAAGAGGGAGAAAAGGAACGCGUUGUGUCUGCGUGGAUAUACACGAAGAGUCUCGCAGACGUCUACGACUCUCUUACGGCUGUGACGCUCAUUUCUUCGGGCUACGACUUCCACGCCGUCUGGGAGGUGAUUGAGGAAGACGUCGCAAGCUGCGCCGCGUGCGUCAAGCGCCUCUUAGCUGCCGUCGGGCGCGCUUGA